AUUUAUUUAUUUUUGUUAAGAACAUGCGUUUGUUUGUCAUUGACCCGGUUCACUCCCAUCAACGCGAGGGACUGCAGUGAAGAAGAGAAGCAGACGAACCAAAUUCUGAAAGUCGAAGUCUUUACACGGAACGGAACUCAGGUAACCCUAUUGUUUUUUUCUUGGCGGCCAAUGACGGAAAACCUGAAGCACAGGCUAGAAAUUAGCUCCGACUCAUCACCUCAAAGGCCGUUGAAGAUUGGGAAGACCACCGGCGCCGGCGACGAGGAGGAAGCAGAAGCCAUGAACCAUAACCAUGGAAUCCAACGCUACCUUGUCGCAGUCGAAUAUAUAGGAACUCGCUUUUCUGGCUCUCAGCAGCAGCCCAAUUUCCGUACGGUGGUUGGCGUGCUUCAGGAAGCGUUUCAGAAAUUUAUCGGUCAAUCAGUUUCAGUGUUUUGUUCUAGCAGAACUGAUGCUGGAGUCCAUGCCGUAUCAAAUGUCUGUCAUGUUGACAUUGAGCGCAUAAGCAAAAGAAAGCCUGGAGAAGUGUUACCACCUCAUGAACCUGGAGUGGUUCGUAGGGCCGUGAAUCAUUUCUUACAGAAACAUGAAGGUGAUGUUACGAUAGUUGAUGUUCGAAGUGUUCCUAAUGAUUUUCAUGCAAGAUAUAAAGCUCAAGAGCGUACCUACUUCUAUAGAUUAGUUUCUGGGCCAGAAGCUUUGUCAUGCUUUGAGAAGGAUCGGGCAUGGCACGUGCCUGAGAUACUAAAUAUGGGGGCCAUGCAGGAGGCGUGCAAAGUGCUUGUUGGGCAUCAUGAUUUUAGCUCCUUCAGGGCAACUGGUUGUCAGGCAAACUCACCGAUCAGAACUCUGGAUGAACUAGACGUUUGUGAGGUGGUUUCGACACCUGAUUUUCCAUCACUAAUGGAACGAAAACUAAGCAAAGGCAGAGAAGAUAUUGAGAGUGAAAUGCGUGAUAACUUGUCUUUUAUUGUUGAUGGGAAUAAGGGUGAAACGGGUGAUGUUGGAUUUGGCAUCAGAAAAAGGCAUCGUUGUUUUGUGGUGACAGCACGAGCACGCUCCUUUCUCUAUCAUCAGGUGAGACUCAUGGUUGGAGUUCUUAAAGCGGUUGGCACCGGAGAUCUAACCGUAGGAGAUGUAGAAAGAAUCUUAGAAGCGAAGAAUGUGAGUUCAGCGGGUCCAAUGGCUCCUGCAUGCGGACUCUACCUGGGCCAUGUCAAAUACGAGUUGCCACCGCAAGCCUGAUACAAUUUUUCCUAUCACUUCCGAUUAAUUUAUGUUACACAAGAGCUUUCUUUCUUCCAAUUCAUCCAAAACUACGAUAAUGAUAUACAAUAGUUUACUUCAUGAAA